AUGAAAUUAGAAGACUUUCUAAUGCAACGAAACGAGGAGAAGCAGAGAGGACUUGAUCUUGAGGAAGAGGUUAAGAAAUUGCAGGCAAAGUUGGAAGGAGAACAAACACUAGGCAGGUUUCUGCGUUGUGCACUUCAUGAUCCCGUUCAGUCACAUCCACGUCUUUUUUCCUUGCUUCCAGCUCAGGUUGAGAUAUCAACACAUUUUUCAUGGCAGGUUCAGGAGCUGUUUUCGGAGCUUGCAAUGGUAGAGGAAGAGAUAGGUCAACUUGACAGAAAAGUCGAAGAGCUGAAACUGAGGUUGUACAAAGAAAGGGAACAAACAAGAGAAUGGAAAGUGCAUAUGUGGCAAUUAGGGCAACAGAAGCAGUUGUUGUGUAGAGUGGGAAACCAGUCAGUGCUAAACGAAGAGAGAUGCAGAUCGCAGAACUAUGAAGCUUUGAGAAAUUUGAGAAAAGAAAGAAGGUUGAGGGAUAGAAGAGCAUCUGUGGGUUCUGCAGCAGAUAUCCCAAGGUGGAAUUUCACCAAGUCCGAUGGUAAACUGCUUGAGAAGCUGCUGAAUUGUCAAGGAGGAACUGAAACAAACAUCACUGGACAAAGAGGGAUCAUUUGUUGUCCCAAAGCUUGCUCUCUCCUGCAUGAACUCGAAAGGGCUCAUUCCGAAGACCUCAACAUCCACAAUUUCUUCAACUACAACACCUCAUCCAAUGCCGACCCUUAUUGCAUAUUGCCUGACUUAGACGGCGCUGUCAGGGAUGUUGGCCCGUAUAAGAACUUAAUCCAAAUCACGAGGAGCUCGUUUGAUGUCAGCCGCUUGUCUGAGUAUUUGAAUGGAAUCGAAAAGUUGAGGAAUUUGAUGCAUCAGCUGUGUGAUGUGGACUUGACUUUCUUGACCUACAAGCAAAAGUUGGCAUUCUGGAUCAGCAUCUACAAUGCCUGCAUCAUGCAUGCAUUUCUGGAACAUGGGCUGCCUUCCACACAGGAGAAACUGCUGGCUUUUAUGAACAAGGGACCUGCCUAUGGGAAGGAGAUGCUACUAAGACAUGCCUAUGGUCUUGGAUACCCCGAACCUUACGUCACAUUUGCCCUUUGCCGCGGCAGUUGGUCCUCACCGGCAUUAAGGGUUUAUACCUCCGAUGACAUAGUCAAUGAGUUAGAGAGAGCGAAACUGGAGUACUUGGAAGCUUCAGUGGAAGUCACAAGCAAGAAGAAAAUUGUGGUGCCCGAGCUUCUUCAAUGGCACAUGCUCGAUUUUGCAGACAGUAUGGAAUCAUUGCUGGAAUGGAUUUACAGCCAACUGCAGCGGUCUGGUUCACUGAAAAGAUCGAUAAUCGAGUGCUUGAACGGAGAAACAAAGUCUCCGAUCAGCAAAAUGGUGGAAGUCCAACCUUAUGAAUCUGAGUUCCGGUACUUGUUGCCAUUGUGAGCCAAAAUAACAACUGCAGGAGGGCAUAG